AUGGAGGGGCGCUUCGUGCUGCUGUUGGACGCCGACGUGGUGCCCAGCCGGGGGCUGCGGGAGGAGUUCCUGAGGCUGCUGCGGGCGGGGGGGGCCGGGCUGGGCCCCCCAAUAUGGGGGGCUGGCGAGGGAUUGGGGGACCCCCCGGGUCCCCAGCGCCCUGGACCCCCCCGUGUCCCUGGUGUCCCCAAUGACCCCAGGGUGCUCAACGCCCUGAAGGUCCCCGACAGGCUGGGUGUCCCCAGCGUCCCGGGUGUCCCCAGCGUCCCGGGUGUCCCCAAUGUCCCGGGUGUCCCCAAUGUCCAGGGUGUCCCCAACACCCUCAGCAAUGUGGGUGUCUUUCAUGGUCUGGAGGUCCCCAAUGUCCCGAAGGUCCCCAACGCCUUCAGUGACCCAGGUGUCCCCAACGCCUUGGAGGUCCCCAAGGGCUUGGAGGUCCCCAAGGGCUUCCAUGGCCCAGGUGUCCCCAACACCUUGGAGGUCCCCAAGGGCUUCCAUGACCGAGGUGUCCCCAACGCUUUGGAGGUCCCCAAGGGUUUCCAUGGCCCAGGUGUCCCCAGCGCCCUGGAGGUCCCCAAGGGCUUGGAGGUCCCCAAGGGUUUCCAUGACCCAGGUGUCCCCCAUGCCCUGGAGGUCCCCAACGCCCUGGAGGUCCCCAAGGGCUUGGAGGUCCCCAAGGGCUUCCAUGACCCAGGUGUCCCCCAUGCCCUGGAGGUCCCCAACGCCCUGGAGGUCCCCAAGGGCUUGGAGGUCCCCAAGGGCUUCCAUGACCCAGGUGUCCCCAACGCCCUGAAGGUCCCCAACGCCCUGGAGGUCCCCAAGGGCUUCCAUGACCCAGGUGUCCCCAAUGCCCUGGAGGUCCCCAACGCCCUGGAGGACCGCAAUGCCCCAGGUGCCACCACGCCAUCCUGGGACCGGGUUGUGUUCGUGCUGCCGGCCUUCGAGGUCCGUGCAGGGACACGGGUGCCGGGGACGAAGGCGGAGCUUCUGCGACUGUGGGACACGGGGGACGCCCGGCCCUUCUAUGGGGCGCUGUGCCCCCGGUGCCAAGCACCCACGGGCUACGGGCGCUGGUGGGCGCUGCCACCCGCCCCCCACCUGCGCGUGGCCUACGAAGCCCCGUGGCGUGACCCUUGGGAACCCUUCUACGUGGGGCCGGCCCACGGCGUGCCACCCUUCGAUGAGCGCUUCCUCCAGUACGGCUUCAACCGCAUCAGCCAGGCCUGCGAGCUGCACGUGGCCGGCUUCCGCUUUGCGGUGCUGGACGGGGCCUUUGUCGUCCACCGCGGCUUCAAGGAGGCCGGCGGCUUCCACGGCGGGCGGGAGGCCGAGCUGCACCGCAACCGGCAGCUCUUCCGGCGCUUCCGCGCCGAGCUGCGCCAGCGCUACCCCCGCUCGCCCCGCCACUGCUGA